UAUUAUGAUAAGAAUGAAUAUUAAUAACAUAAAAAUAUUUUUUUUAUUGAUAAUUUUAUCAAUAGAAAUUGGACAAUCAGUAAUUCCGGUUGAACGUUAUUCACUAAGUUCAGUUCUUAUAGAUAAGAGAAUAUAUUUUUUGGGGGGAGAGUCAUAUCAUCAUAGUCCAAAAAAUUCAACAACAUUAGAUCAAAUAUUAUAUCUCGAUAUAUCAAAACCAUUUAAUACAUUGAAUCCACCAUUUGAAAUAUUACCAAAUACAAUUCCAUUUGGAAGUUCAUAUGCAAUAGCAUUCCCUAGUUCUCAAAAAAAUGUAAUUUAUUUAUUUGGAGGAAUUACAGUGAAUGUAAAUACUGAUUUAGAUGAUUUUAAAUCAAUUUUACAUUCAUAUAAUUUAGAAACUAAUGAAUGGACCAUACCGACAACAAGUGGAAUUGUGCCUGGAAGAAGAAAAGAUAUUAGUGGUGUUAUUAACAAUAACACUGGAAAAUUUUAUGCUUUCGGUGGAGUUAGUGAUCAAUAUACUGGAACUCCUAAUAAUUCCAUAAUAUUGAAUGAUAUGAAUAUAUUUGAUAUUAAUACUUUAGCCUGGUCAAUAGGCUCUAUAAUAAAUGCUCCACUUCCUCGUGUGGACUAUACUGCUACUUUGUUAUCUAAUGGAAUUAUUGUUUUUAUUGGUGGAAGAGAAACUCAUGCUGUUCGUGUUGUUGACAUAAAUCAGCUUGCUCUUUAUGAUACAAAAGCUGACGAGUGGCCAUCAAUGACGGCACGAAAUGUUACUAUGGAAAAUCGUUUUUUACAUUCCGCAGUUCUAACACCAGAUGAAAGAAUAAUUAUUUUUGGUGGACGUCAAGUUCCUAACGAUAAUCCAGUUUUAAAUCAACUUGCUGUAUUAAAUACAAAGACGACACCUUAUGAAUGGUCAAUUCCACAAGUUUCUGCCAUAGGUAAUAUGCCUUUAACAACUGCUGCACAUUCGGCUAUAUUAGUUGAAAAUUAUAUGUUUAUAAAUUUUGGUCAAAUAACUCCAUUUAAAAAUUCUCAAAUACAGUUACCAUUUUUUUUUAUUCUUGACAUAAGAAAUUUUACAUGGGUAACACAAUACGAACCCGAACCCUCCGAUAAUGGUAAACAAAUCGGUAUUAUUAUUGGAGCUGUUGGUAUUAGUGUUGGCGUUGUUACAGUUGUUGGAUUUUUAGGCUAUAAAUAUUAUAAAAAACAAAGGCAGGGUCUAUAUAUUUCACGAGAUCGACUCCGAUUAUGUUUAACUGUCACGACCACGUGA